AUGCGAUUGGCGAUGAUAUUCGCUGGCUUCUUCCAGGUGUGUGCUGCCAUACCAGCAGCCAACCGAAAAGCAUGCCAGUAUCCCACCCCAAAACCUCUCGACGGAUGUCCACAAAACACGCUCCUCGUCGGAAAAGGAAGCAACUUCUCAACCAUCCAAUCCGCCGUCCUAAGCCUCCCACACGACGAAACCCCCUACAACAUCCUCAUCCUCCCCGGCACCUACACUGAACAAGUCAACAUCACACGCCCCGGCCCCGUCUAUCUCCUCGGCCAAACCGCGCAGCCAGAAACGCGAACUAAAAACACCGUCAACAUCCUCUGGCACAACGCCACGGGCGCCGGUCUCUCGACCCUCGACAACGCCUACACCUCGGUCCUAACCGUCGCCCCAACCUUCAACGCCAGCCUCACCGGCACAGGCCCCACGGGCUUCCCCGUCCCCGCAACCACCCCAUUCGGCAACACCGACUUCCGCGCCUACAACCUAAACUUCACAAACGACUACCUACCCUAUGCCGCGGGCCCUUCCCUGGCAAUCUCCGUCAGCUACGCAAACAGUGGUUUUUACUACUGCGCAUUCCAUUCCUACCAAGAUACACUGUACAUUGGCAAACUCGGCAACGCAUACAUCUACGACUCUGAAAUCGCGGGCCAGACUGAUUUCCUGUACGGGUUUGGUACCGCGUGGAUCCAGUCUAGUCUCCUUACGCUACGCGGCUGCGGCGGCGGGAUUACGGCGUGGAAGGGGACGAACACGACGUUUGAGAAUCGGUACGGGGUGUAUAUCCACGAUUCGCAGCUCAGAAAAGAAAACGAUACGCUAGCUAUCCAGGGCAAGUGCGCCUUGGGACGGCCCUGGAAUGCGCUGCACCGGUCUCUCUUUGCGAAUUGCGACAUGGAUGAUUCGGUAUUGCCGGCGGGGUACAUACGGUGGAGUACGGGGGAUCCGCGUGUGGGCGUUAAUACGACCAUGGCCGAGUAUAAGAGUUAUGGGCCGGGGUGGAAUGAGACAGCACGGAGGCAGAGUAAUGUUACUGUUGUGCUUGGGGAGAGGGAGUAUAGGGAUUAUAAGAGGGUGGAGACGGUGUUUCAGUAUCCGUUUUCGGGCGAGUUUGGGAAUACCGAGUGGAUUGAUCGGAGUCCGGGGCGGUAA